AUGGUGCCGCGCGGGUUGUACGUCCACGGCGGCGUCGGCACGGGCAAGUCCAUGCUGCUGGACCUGUUCUUCCGCGGCGCCAAGGUGGAGCGCAAGCGCCGCGUACACUUCAACGAGUUCAUGCUGGAGGUGCAGACCCGCCUCGCACAGGAGAAGAGGAGGCAGCUGGAGCGCUACGGCCGACAGAGACACAUUGUGCUGGACGAGAGUCGAGACGUCGUGCUGCAGGUGGCCCACGCCAUAGCGGAUGAGAGCCACCUGCUGUGCUUCGACGAGUUCCAGGUCACGGACGUGGCGGACGCGCUCAUUAUGAGAAAACUGUUCGGCGUGUUCUUUGCACGCGGGGUCGUCAUGGUCGCGACGUCGAAUACUGCGCCGCAGGAUCUCUACAAGGAUGGUACGAACCGCGAGUACUUCCUGCCGUUCCUGGAUCAACUCGCAAGGCAUACCCGCGUGGUGCCGAUUAACUCAGAUGUGGACUACCGCUUUCUGAGCGAACCGGUGGGAGGCGAAGAGAUUUUCCUCUCGCCUCUAUCAGAUGUUACACAGGAGAAGAUGGACGCCUUGUAUCGAGACUUGCUGAUUCUCGGUGACGAAGAGGCAGCAGUGAAUGGUGCUGUUCAGGAUGAACUGCUGCGAGUGCCGGUGAUGAUGGGGCGCACGCUGGACGUCCGCGGUCGUGCGAAGAGUGGAGUGUGUCGAGCCUCGUUCAGUUUGCUGUGCGAUACGGAGAAGGGCGCGGCAGACUACAAGGCCAUGGCGGAAUGCUUCCACACGCUGGUGCUGGAUGACGUGCCGGCCCUGAGCAUGACGCAGCACGACCAAGCGCGGCGGUUUAUCCUGCUGGUGGACGAGCUGUACGAGCACCACACGCGACUUGUGGUGUCGUCUGAAGCAGCAGAGCCUCGCGGUAUUUUCCUGUUCGACGAUGAGAGUGUCCGCGCGGCAUCGGAAGGUGCUAAUAGUCCGGCUGCGAUUGAAGAAGAGAAGCAGCGCGUGAACAAGGAGAAUGCCGCGGUGGGUGUGCCGACAACGAGUUCUUGGGAUGCUCCGGUUGGAGCAUACGGUCCGAUCCAAAUGGCCGGUUUGGAUGUAGGCAACCUCGUUGCUCUGAAAGAUCUGAAGGUAGCGUUCAAGCGCGCUGUGUCGCGGCUGCGAGAAAUGCAAAGCGAUCGAUAUCUUGAGGAAAAUAUCCGCUGGCGGCCCAAGCGUGCCGAACGAUUGGCUCAAGUUGUAGAAGUUGUCGACCUACAGUAG